AUGCCGCAAUCACUCUCCUUCGUGACCCUCGACGUCUUCACGCAGGAUCGAUAUCUCGGAAACCCGCUCGCAGUGGUGAAUGUUCCCGCCGGGAGGGAUGUCUCGACGGAAGUGAUGCAGACGAUUGCGAGGGAGUUUAAUCUCAGCGAGACGAUUUUCGUGCACGAGGGAGCGAAAGGGAAGGAUGGAGUGGUGGAGUGGAGGGUGAGGAUCUUUCUGACGAGGAGGGAGGUUCCUUUUGCUGGCCACCCAACCAUCGGCGCCGCUGUGUACGCCCUCAGCACCCUCGCCCCUUCCUCUCGAGGCCGCUUCCUCGCCAAUGCAGGACCUAUCGAUCUCACCUUCAACGACAACUUCGCCAAAGCCAGCAUUCCUCACAGCCUGCACAUCCACACCCGAUACCCUUUCACCCUUGAGCAAGUCUAUGCUCUGCAACCAUCCCUGCGCGGCGUUCUGCGCGAUCAGUCGGCCAUCACGGUAGCAAGCCCCGUGAAAGGCAUGAGCUUCGUAAUGGUUGAGUUGCCAGACCUCUCGGCAUUAGAGAAAAUCACCACCUCCCCCAAACCCUCCCCAAAACUAGACGACUACGACGACUGGGAUACCGGCUUCUCCGGCUCCUACUUCUACGUCUUCACUUCCACUCCCAAGGCCGACGACGGAACCCCAUUAUUCAAACUGCAAACCCGCAUGAUCGAAGGCGUCCUCGAGGAUCCCGCCACGGGUUCCGCGGCUUGUGCCUUGACGAGCGUGUUAGCUCUGAAGAACGCCAAAUCCUCGUCGCGGAAAGUCUUCCACUUUGAAGUCACACAGGGACUCGAAAUGGGGAGGAAGUCCGACAUUGGCGUCACGGUGACUUUGGAUCCGAAGCUUGAGGCCGUUGAAAAGGUCGAGUUGGCUGGAUCCGCGGUGAAGGUUAUGGAGGGCGUGGUGGAGUACUGA